AAGUGAGAAAAUAUAUUUCUUUGAUCAUUUUGGUGAACUGGCCUUUUAAAGGUUUCACCUGAGGUGUAUCACAUAGCACAUCGUAGACAUGUUAAAGUAUGAAGCUGUCUACCUAUCGUAUGCCAAGUUUCUCAUGAUUUACAAUGUUUACAAGUACAGAAUUAAAUACCAGAAUAUUAAAGUGGCUAUGCCAAGAAAAACCUCUGAGUUUAAGCUGUUUUAACAGUGUUUUUUAUGUGUGUUUUCAGCAGGUGUGAUGGAGAUCAGCCUCGCUGUGUGAACUCAACAAUGCGUGAGUCAGCGAUCAGUCUCUUUGAGCGUUAGCAGUCACACCGGGCAGGAUGAAGUACAUCGCUCACACAGCUCACUUGCAGUUCUUCGGCCUGAUCGCCGGGAUCCUGGCGUGGAUCCUCAUCAUGGCCACAGCCGGCCUGAACGAGUGGAGGUUGUGGCACGUUGCGAAUGAGUCUGUCAUCACCUCAGGGGUGGCCUGGGUUGGUAUCUGGAGGGCGUGUUUCUACAGCCAUGUCCUUCCCAAAUUAGAGAACUGUCAGAGCAUCAGCAUCUCGGACACGUUUGUUCCUAUUGAGAUCCCCGUGGCUCAGGUGCUGAUAAUGCUGGCGAUGAUCUGCGGCCUGGUAGGGAACAUCAGUGCUGCGGUGAGCAUGAGGAUGGCCUACUUCUCUGUGGAGGAUCGUAGGAACCUACGGCCAAUCUUUGUGGUGGCAGGGACUCUUUACAUGAUGGCUGGGACGUUCUGCUUGGUGCCGGUGGUGUUGAACAUGAACUCUGUGCUGAACAACAACACCAUCAACUUUCCUCCUGAGUUCCACCUCCCUGAAGCUCCUGUAAGGCAGCAACUUGGAUCAGCCAUCGCAGUGGGCAUGGUCGCCUCCAUACUGAUGCUCAUAAGCGGACUGCUUUUCCUCUGCUACCGCCACGUCUGGCAGACCCUGAGCUCAGAGGCCCCCAAAGACACCAGAGACCCGCUGCAUGGUCCCUGGACUGAAACAACUCUGGGACAGACGUCUGACCAUGGCAGGGAUAAUCCUGCAUUCCACAGUGAAGAAGUUGCCUCUUGAUGGCAAAACAAAUUACUAAUUUACGAUCAUGGAUUUUCAUCUGCUUCAUCCGAGUGACUUGGACAAAGCUAGAAAAGAAGAACUUAGAACAUACAGUAUCAAUUUAACAAAAACACUGAACUACUCACUAGUCCAGGAUGAUACACCAAUAAACAGCAUGAUCUGAAGAUUAAAAACUGAUUUAACUACAACUACUAACACAUGUGUUCUCAUUUAGAGAAGCACGGACAAUGUGACAUUCAAACGUCGACUUAUAAAAGAACAUUUCGGAUUCACUGGCACGCACAACCAUGUAGCCGGGUUUUUAAAAAAUGCUUCACUUUAGCUCUGUAGGUAACCACUUUGUAUGUUCAUGUGGCAAACAGCUGCUCAUUAACACCUCCAGGAGAUAUAAAGCAACAUCAGCAUUUAUUUGGAGUCGUGUUUCUGUCUCCAUGAUCAAAGUUUUAGCUCUAUUUUUUGGUCUCCACCAACUCCUGAGGGAAGUUAGCUCACGUUAGCUCUCUAGCUGCUUGUGAGCAACGAGCUUGUUGCUAACAUACAGUGUCGGUUUCCACAUUUAGCAUUUAUUUUGAGUACGUGUCCACCUGAUGAAU